UUUUUAAAUGCCGCAUAUGAAUUUAUUUAAAAAUGAUGACGUGGCAUAACUAACCCUUCUAAGCCAGCUAGCAUAUAAAUACUGAAAUUAAAUGUAAUCAAACAUGCAAAUUGAAUGAUGAACUUCUUCGUGAAUUUCAUCUAAACCCUCUACUCUCGAAGCAGUUUCUACUUUCUACUCGAUCGGAAUCUCGAUCGCCGUUACAGAUCCGGUGAACUGACGUCGGCGUUGCAGAAUAGGGAUCAAAAUGUCUGACGAAACACCGAUCAACACAGCUCAGGUGGUUGAAACUGCUGGGGAUGACGAUUCGCCAAAACUCUUAGUUCAUCAAAAGAUUAGUGAUCUUCAGAGUGAAAAUGCGAGGAUUACUCAGCAAAAUGAAGAUUACAGGAAGGAGAUUGAUGAACUGGAGGAGGUGGUUCAAAAAGCUGACGAGUUGACGAGAUUAUCCGAAGACUUGAAGAGGCGUUUGGGAGAGCUGGAGAGGGAUGUUGUAGACUUACUUAGGGGUCAAGCAGAGUUGGAGAGGGGAAAAAGAGACUUUAUGAAGAAUUGGGAGGAAAUUGAAGAGAUGGACAAGGCGACCCAUGCUGAGCUCAAUGCCAAGACUAUAGAGAUACACUUGCUGCGGGCUUAUAUUCGGAAACUGGAGGCAGAUGCAAUCAGUUUGAGGUGUGAAUUGGACGAGAAGGAGGAGGAGAUUCAGAGCAUGAAGAGGGAACUGGCAGUGGUUUUGGAACGCAAUAAGGCUCUGAAGAAGUCAAUGGGAGGUUUGGAGGAGAUGGCUGAGCAACUUAAAGAUAAAAUCAGUGCCCUUGAGAUUGGUUUGGCCGAUAAGAAAAAAGUGAUCACCGAGCCUGAAGCGAAAGAAAAGAAGAUAGCAUAGAGUUUUAUAUGAUGAUGGUAGUUUGAAGGAGAAGAACAGGUUGGUUGCUGUUGCCUCAAGAAAACUCAUAUUCAAGCACUCUUAGAUGCUCUGUUGUUGGGAGCCUUUUGAUUCUGUGUUUGCGGAGUUCGGUAUAUCAGUUUUAUGUGUUCAUACUAUGCUUGAUGAAACUUCUAGUGUCUAAUGUCUUGAAAUGAACUAUUUGAUCUAUAUCCCAUUUUGCCUAUAUUCUACCAAGUCUUUAAAUUUGAAAUAUUAUUACA